AUAUUGUGUUAUAAGGCUAAAUGACCAAGGUGGAAAAUAUUUAAUAUUUUAGAGUUUUUUCAUGGCCACUUUCUAAACUCACUGAUAAGUUAAACCAAAAGAUGUGUUUACCCUUUUAACGCUAAGAGUGAUAAGCACUUAAUUUCUCCUUACGAUAUCGCUCCUGCAGAACACAUUAAGGUCAGGAGAAUAAAGGAAAUGAUCAUCAACAAAAGACACUUUUGAUUAUUUAACACAUUCUUCUUGUCAGCACCUUAGAAAAUGUCUAGAGAACAGUAUGGAGAAUAUUCAUACUGAUAUUAGGAUGAAAAGGGUUUAUGAAUAGAUGUGUAAUAUUUAAUGCUCUCUCUUUUGAACUUUCAGGCUUGUGUGUGCUGUUUAAGGUGUUAACUGCUGGAGCUUGCAGUGAAAACCAGCAGUCGACAGUCACGCUAACUGAGCGAAAUGGCACAAUUUUUCCUGGAUAUUUUCCAAAAAAUGCGACAUGCAACUGGAUUAUAUCAGCCCCUGUAGGAAAUGUGUUCAGGAUAUUACUCACCGUCUAUGUUAACAGCCAAAAGUUACCCUGUAGUGGUAAUUUUGUGAAGAUCUAUAAUGGAAACAAUGUCGGCAGUGACGUAAUGUUUGAACAUGACUGUAGCAGGAAAAGGGAUUUCUCAGGGUACUUUUUCUCUUCUGGUCAUAACGUGUUAUUGGAGGUAAAGACCGGAGGAGUGGAAAGGUCGACGGCAUUGUCUUUGACAUAUGCAAUAUUUGCUAAGCAAGAGCUGUGUUCUACAAACAGCACCUUGGACGCUCCGCUGUCGCCAAUGGAACGUAACUUCACCAGUCCUUACUACCCCGAUGGCUAUCCCUUAAACACAACUUGCGGAUGGUACAUCACAGCUCCCCAGGGUCACGUGGUUAAGCUUUUGAUAACACAACAGCUGGAUGUUCGUGACAGUGUGGAGGUGUUCGAUGUCGAUGGCUCCCAACUCAUCCCCAUUGAUCUUCCUAAGAAUGAGCUUUACUCAAAGUUUCAAUCUGUCUUCGUAGUCUUCAAGAGCGAUCAGAGUCCACGGACAUUUCUAAACGAGGAAAAGGGGAUACUUGUCCGUUACUCCGCAGUAAGGAAAGUAACCACCUGUUCUUUUGGAAACUCUUACGACGAGAACAUGAAUAUCUUCUUCGGGGAUUCCUCAGGAACAAUCGAGACCCCCGGGUAUCCAAGUGGUUACAAUGAUACCCUGAUCAAUGAGUGUUCUUGGAAGAUAAUUGUGCCUUCUGAAAAAGUAGUACGAAUAGAAUUCACGUCCUACCGACUUGGACAAUACGAUUAUGCUGAAAUCGCAGAUCGAAUAAAUGGAUUACUUCCUAUUUCUAUUUCCCUUUCUGGUACAAAACCAUCGUUUAAAUUCUACUCGACCGGACGCGAGCUUAGUAUCAAGGUGAGAGCUCUUUCACUACAACAAAGUGGUCCAGGAUUCAUUGCAGACUACGCUGCAGUGCCUGCGGUUGCAUCGGGAACCUGCGUUCUGAGAAAAAACUCAGUGUUGGAUAUGACUGGUGAAGGGCGAAGCUUCUCAACUCGGGGGUAUCCUUUCAUUGCGGAACAAGGAACAUGUACUUGGAACGUCACUGUGAACCCAGGCGAAUUCAUAAAACUCACAUUUUGGAACAUCAAGGGUAGAUGCGCAGAGAACUUUAUUAAGGUCUUUGAUGGAACAAAUUCCACUCCUAUUUCCUUAGGAAAGUUUUGCAAGAAAUCCUCCGACUUAGUAUACUCGCGAGGUAACAAUUUGAUGAUAGAGUAUACAUCUCGCUCUUCCAAAAAGGUUACUGGUGGAUUUUUCGCCACAUAUCAGUCCAUUCAGGCAAUCCCAGCUAAUUACUCUUGUCAGAUAACUAGAUACGAAUCAAGACGCGUUGAAAUGAAAGACUUCGCUGGCGAAUUCGCCAGCUACAAUUAUCCGCUGCCUUAUUCCAAUGACGUCAAGUGCUUGUGGGUAAUUGAACGGCAGGCCGGUCACGUGAUCCGUUUGACGUUUCAGUUCUUUGACUUACAACAAUCUGAAGAUUGCGAAGGCGAUUACGUGAAGAUCGAGCAGGGAUCGUACUCUUGGAGGACUCCAGUUGGCAAAUUCUGCGGUUCCUCGCUCCCUGAUGUCAUUCAAGUGAAUGAUUCAAAUAUGUACGUGGAUUUUGUGAGCGACAGCUCCGGAAAAUACCCAGGAUUCCAUGCAAGCUACCAAAUACUUCCUGAUCCCGCCAUGGGACCAUGCAAGAACCCAUUUCAGAACAACGUGAUUUCUCUGACUGGAGAAAAAGGAGUGAUUUUUUCUCCUGUUUAUCCGCGCAGAUUUAGCGACAGUAUCAGGUGCACCUGGAUAAUAACAGUUUCUGAGAGACGUUUCGUGAAGCUGAGAAUAAAGUCCUUCGAUUUAAUCGAUUGUUCCCAGUCCUCCCUCACUAUUCGCGACGGCCGAAGUUCAUGGAGCGACUUACUUAAAUCUUUUUGCGACGGAAACUUUGAAAGCUCAGUGUUUUCCAGCUCUCGCCACCUUUGGGUUCAGUUUGUUUCUGUUCAGAAUCGUGUUGGAGCGAGUUUCUAUGCUGAGUUCGAGGUUGUGAAUCAAGUACCAGCCUCGUUCGCCUGCACUGCGAGUAGUCAACGCGUCGCUUUUACGUCAGAAACGGGAAGCCUGGCCAGCUACAACUACCCUCUGCCUUACGAUGACGCUUCCGAGUGCGUUUGGAUCAUUCGCGUGGACAAUGAUAACAACAUCAAGCUAUCCUUCGACUCCUUUAAUCUGUCUCAGUCCGACGAAUGUUCUGAAGAUUAUGUGGAGGUACGCGACGGCCAGUUUGACACCAGUGAUUUGUUGGGAAAGUAUUGUGGAUCACAAAAACCUUCAGCCAUUACUUCGGAUGACUGGGAGCUUCGCGUGGCGUUCAGGUCCAGCGGAAAGACAAAAUACCCCGGAUUCAAGGCAACUUUUGAAACAAAAAGGUCAACUGGAGCCAUUUUGAAAAUCGUGGGAAUUUGUGUCGGUGCGCUCUCAGCUGUAAUUGGAAUCAUUGGAGCUUGUCUUAAGUACGGUAGCUGCUGCAAGAGCGAUGAAGCUAGAGUCGUUCGAGGAACUUUUGGCGACGAGGCAGAAGGUGUCCCUUUACAGGAAGAAUCUACCAAAGUAUAGCUGCUACUGUUAUUGUCAAAGAGGUUGUGACAUUCCAUUUGGAUCGUAAUUUUCUUGAAAAGGAUUUCAAUUUCCCUUUUUUCCUCAUUUCCUUGCAUUCAAUUCUGCUCCCACUCGAUGAGCAAUAUUCCUUUUUUAAGUUUUGAAGUCUUUAGUAAAGCAUAAGAUAAAAGAUACAUAUCCUAUGUUACAUAAACGAAAAACUGUGUAAUGAAAGUACAAUAAUAUACUAUGGCAAAAAUUAAAUUAUGGAAUUAUAACAGGUUUGUAAUUGUAAUUAUUAAAAACUGGAUCAUUGGAUA